AUGUCUGGAUUUGAAUUUACCGAUCGAGCGCAACAUAGCCUUGGCCAGUCUUUUCAGCAGGCCCAAGACUAUGCACACGCUCAUCUAGCACCUUUGCAUAUUGCAUUGGCACUGUUGAACGAUGAUACGAACAACUCUACCGGCGCCCAAAGCACUAAUAAAGAGUCGCAGUCGCUUUUCAAGAGCAUCUGUGAAAAAUGCGGCGUCGAUCCACGCAAGCUUCAAGAAAAGCUCCGAGCUGCGUUGAACAAGAUUCCACAGCAAUCGCCCGCGCCGGAUGAUGUCACACUCUCUGGCGCGACCAACAAGGUGCUGAAGCAAGCACAGAACCUCAAGUCGCAGCAGCGUGACAGCUUUAUUGCGCAGGACCAUCUUUUGCUUGCACUCCUUGAAGAUCCCACAAUUGCAUCGAUUCUCAAGGAAUGUGGCCUUGCUAACCCUGAGCUCAUGCGCAACGCUAUCAACCAGGCGCGUGGUGGCCGCCAUAUCGACUCCAAGACUGCAGAGGCAGGCUACGAUGCGAUAGGCAAGUACUGCACCAACCUUACCGAAAUUGCCGCGGAAGCCAAGCUUGAUCCUGUAAUUGGCCGCGACGACGAAAUCCGCCGCGUCGUCCGGGUGCUCUCGCGUCGCACAAAGAACAAUGCCGUGCUUAUUGGCUCGCCGGGUGUAGGCAAGACUGCGGUUGUCGAAGGCCUUGCGCAGCGCGUCGUAAACCGCGACGUACCGCCAAACCUGCUUGGAAAAAUCUUUGCUCUCGAUAUGGGCUCGCUCAUGGCCGGCGCCAAGUACAAGGGUGAAUACGAAGAGCGUGUCAAGGCCGUGCUCAACGACAUUGAGAAAAUGACUAACGAUGGCACUCCUUGCAUUCUCUUUAUCGAUGAGAUGCACCUUAUGAUGGCCGGCCAAGGCAGCGAUAAUGGCAUGGACGCCGCCAAUCUGCUCAAGCCCAUGCUUGCGCGCGGCAAGUUGCGCUGCAUUGGCGCGACUACGCUGAACGAAUACCGCCAGUCGAUUGAAAAGGACGCCGCGCUGGAGCGUCGUUUCCAGCAAAUUCUUGUGGAAGAGCCUACAGUCGAGGACACCAUUGCCAUUCUCCGUGGUAUCCGCGAAAAAUACGAAGUUCACCACGGCGUGCGCAUUAUGGAUGCUGCUAUUGUUGCAGCCUCUCAGCUUGCCAAGCGCUACCUAACUUCACGCAAGCUUCCUGAUGCAGCGAUUGACUUGGUCGACGAGGCGUGUGCAGACGUGACUGUCUCGCGCGAAACAGUGCCCGAGCCGAUUGACACACUAGAGCGCCGAAAGCUGCGUCUCGAGAUUGCCAUGCAUGCCUUGGAGCGCGAAAAAGACCCGCAGAGCAAGGAGCGUUUGGCAGAAACAAGAAAAGAUCUUCAGUCGCUCGAGGAAGAACUCCUACCCCUCAAGGCCGACUUUGAAGCGCAAAAGGCCAAGGGCGACGAGGUGAACAAUGUGCGGCGCAAAAUUGACGAGCUGCGCAGCAAAGCCCAGGAUGCUGAGCGCCGCUAUGAUUUAGCGACGGCAAGUGACCUAACCUACUAUGCCAUCCCUGAUCUGGAAAAGCGUCUCGAGCAUCUUUUGGAGCAGGAGCGCAAGGACGAGGAAGAGGGCAGGACCAACGCGGCAAACUCGGUUACGAGCGAGAACAUUGCGUCGAUUGUCAGCCGUUGGACUGGUAUACCCGUCUCGCGCAUGCUCGAAAGCGAGCGCCAGAAAUUGCUCAAGCUCGAAAAGAUCUUGGACCGCGAAGUCAUUGGCCAGGAAGAUGCCGUGAAGGCAGUCGCCCAAGCCAUUCGUCUCUCGCGCAGUGGCCUCUCGAACCAGUUGCGGCCCAUUGCAAGCUUUUUGUUCUGCGGUCCUUCGGGUACAGGCAAAACGCUUAUGAGCAAGACACUGGCCACGUAUAUGUUUGACGAUCCAGACGCGAUGGUCCGCAUUGAUGCUAGCGAGUACUCGGAGAAGCAUAGCAUCUCGCGUCUUGUCGGGGCGCCGCCUGGAUAUGUCGGCCAUGAUCAGGGCGGUGUCUUAACCGAGGCUGUGCGUCGCCGUCCGUUUUCCAUCGUCUUGAUUGACGAGAUCGAAAAGGCUGCGCGCGAGUUUGUACAGCUCUUCCUCCAGGUCUUGGACGAGGGUCGCUUGCAAGACUCUCAGGGGCGCCAGGUAUCGUUCCGCAACACUAUUAUUAUCAUGACGAGUAACUUGGGCUCGGCAUUUAUCAACGAUUCGUCCGAGGACGACAUCAAUGCCGAGACUCGCCAGUUGGUCCAGGGUGCAAUUGCCGCCCACUUCCCUCCCGAGUUUAUUAACCGCAUUGACAGUACGGUCAUUUUCCGCAAACUCUCACGGAGCAAUGUGCGCCAUAUUGUUGAUGUGCGUCUCAAGGAGCUGCAAAAGCGCAUCAAUGAUAAUGGCCGCAAGGCGCGUCUUGACGUUACUGGGCCUGCCAAAGACUGGCUCGGAAGCAUUGGCUACUCGCCUACCAUGGGCGCUCGUCCUUUGACACGCGCCAUUCAAGAACAGUUGCUGCACCCACUCAGUAUUCUACUUCUCCGUGGCGAGAUCCGCAACGAAGAUGCCGAGAUCCGUGUGACGUUUGACAAGGACCGCAACGGUCUGUUAGUGCACGCAAACCACGAGCCAAUCGUUGCCGCAGAUGCUAUGGACGCGGACGAUGUUGACAUGGAGGAGGACGGGCUCGACCCUCUAGAUUAA